AUGAAAAGAACACCUUCUAAUAGAACAAAUAACACUAGCACCAAUACCUAUGGUGGAAACACCACUAGUUCCUCAUCUACUUUUUUUGAAUCUUUAGACACUACAAGACAGUAUAAUGAUCGUUUAGAUUAUUUAAUGAUCAAUACUAUUGGGCACAUAGUCAAAGUUACUGUUUCCUCUGGUGCACAAUACUCUGGUCUACUAAUCGCUGCUAAUUUAGAAUCAAAGGACGGAAUAGAAAUAAUUUUACAUAACCCUGAAAAAGUGGGGGAUGCUAUUGUUAUCAAUGGUAAUAAUAGUAGUGAUAGAGAAGAUGAAAAUUCUAUUAUCCUUCAACCUGAUGGGAAUCUUUUAAUUCAUGGCUCCGAUGUGAUGGAAAUAGAGUUGAAGAAUAUUGAUUUUACAUUAAAUGAUAAAUGGAGUGAUUCUAAAGUUAAUAUUAGUGGAAGUUCAACCCCUGUUAAUGGAAAUAAGAAUAAUAGUGACUCAAUUUCGACUAAAAAUAAAUUUUUCAAGACAGAUGCCGAUAUUUCUGGAGCUAACAAGCCUGUUAUAAAAGAAAGAGAAUUGCAAAAAUGGGUUCCAGAAAAUGUUCCACUGGACUCAAAUUUUAUUGAUGCUGUUAAAAGCCAACAUGAAACAUUAGAGGAAAGUUCUGGCCCCUGGGAUCAAUUCUCUGUCAAUGAACAAAAAUUUGGUGUUAAAUCUACUUAUGAUGAACAUUUUUACACUACAAAGAUUAAUAAAGAUGAUCCAAACUUUGAACAAAGAUUGAAAGAGGCUGAAAGAUUGGCAGAAGAAAUUGAAAGUCAAGGUGUAUCAGGUAAUAUUCACAUUGCUGAAGAUAGAGGUAUCAUUAUCGAUGACUCAGGGAUGGAUGAAGAGGACUUAUACUCUGGUGUCGACAGAAGAGGUGAUGAAUUAUUAGCAUCAUUAAAGAAAAGUGCUAGCAAUAACAUCAAGAAAAAUGCUAAUGAUGGUGGCAAAAAUGGUGUAAAUACUACUAAGAAAUAUGUUCCACCAACUUUGAGAAAUCAACCCCAUCAUACUGAUCCAGCCAUUAUUUCGUCAACUACAUCUAAAAAUAUUACUGCUACAACUGCCAACACUACCGCCACUGCUGUCACUGUAAACAGUCAUAAUACAGCAGAUUCCACAACUGGUAAAACGACAGUACAAGAUCAAAAUAAGAACAAUACUGUAGAUAAAGAAUCAAAAGUUGAUUCAAAUAAAUCCGAAAAAGUGGUUCCAAACAAAGUUUCUACAGGAAAUAAACCCACUAAACCUGGAGUUUCAAGAAAGCCAAGUUUACAACAGGAUUCUGUUAUAGCUAGAACAUUGCAUAAUCAUCAUAAAUCUGCCAGAGAUUCUCCUAAACCUAGAAUUCCAUUACCAUCCACUAAAGAAGCUCAAAUUGAAGAAUUAAAAAGAUUCUCUGAAAAAUUCAAAGUCCCUUAUGAUGUACCAAAGGAUAUGAAAAAUGUCAUUAAACAACGCGAAAAUAAAACUUCAUCGAAGAACACAAAUUCAAAAACUUCGUCAAAGGAUAAUAACCUUGGUUCUGAAAUGAAUGGUAAAAAUAAUGCCAUGCAUCAAAGAAGGCGUCACCAAGGUAGUUUUUUUGGAAGCAAAAAAUCAUUAACUGGUAACAAGAAGGAAUUAUUUAACAGAAAUUUCAACUUCUUCCAAAAGACUAAGGAAUCGCAUGAUGAAGAGAAAGAGAUGGAACCAUUUUUUGUUGAAAAACCAUAUUUCACUGCACCAACAUGGAAUAGUACUGUAGAAGAGUCCUUUAAGAACUAUUUUCCUGACGAAGCUACAGCUGUUCAACAAGCACAAAUUAAAUUGCAACAACGUCAAUUGGCAUUUACUAAUAGUAUGAGUGCUGCCGGUAUGAUGAGCAUUAAUAAUAGUAUGGCCGCCAUGUAUGCAGGCAUGACACCAAACAUGAGAAUAAGUGGUACACCAAUGAUGGGAUUCCACGCUCAAGCAGGGAUGAAUCCGAUGAUGAGUGGGUUCUCAGGAGGUGCCAUGUAUAUCCCAUUCCAUCCACAACCAGUAUUUUAUCCAUCUAUGAGUAAUCCAAUGAUGCCCAUGAUGGCCGGUGGGGGUGGUAGUGGUAGUAGUGGUGGGGGAAGCGAAGAUAUGAGGUCUAAUGCACCAUCUCAAACCGCAUCACCACAAAUUCCUCAUAUAUAUAUGAAUACUGUUACACCAUUUGGAUAUCCUGUUAAUGCACCUCCAUUCCAUGCAAUGAACAGUAAUGGUAAUCACAAUCACGGCAACCAUUACAAUUACCACAACAACAAUGGCCAUCAUGAACGUAACAAUAAUCAUCGUUAUCAUGGGCAUCAUGGUUCAAGAAAUAUUAAUAGAAAUAUGACGCACACGCAGUUAAAUCAGUAA